GAUUUUCGGAAAUUUCAACAAACGAAAACUAGGUUUUUUUUACAUUAACGAUAUAGAAACAGAAAGUCAACAUUGCGAUAGGAUGUCUAGAAAUUAUCAAGUAGCUAUUCAUAGCUUCUUUCAAUUAUUUCUUGGCAGUGAAUGCUUGAUUACAAUUGUAACGAGUAUAGGAUUUACAACGUUAUUUUUCACUUGUUGGAUCAUAAGUAUUUCAGUUCACAGCAUAUAUAAUGAAAGUUGCAAUGAAAGAUGGAUUCAUUUAGAUACAGCAGAAUUAACAAAUACCUUGAAUACCCGUGUAUAUGGAGAACAUAUCGCCGUGAAGACAGUUGUUAAUCACCUUAAUGCUCAUUUCAUGAAUGAAAAUCCGCCCAAAGCCUUGACAUUUUCCUUCCAUGGCGGACCAGGAACCGGAAAAACUUUGAUCACCAAAAUAUUAGUUGAUCAUUUGUACAAUGAAGGCUCUAAAAGUCAAUUUGUUCAUACGGUUAUAGCUACUAGAGAUUUUCCUCACAAACGGAAUACAGAUGAAAAUAAUAUUAAACUUAGAAAAUUAAUAGAAGACAAAGUAAAACAAUGCGAGCGAUCUAUGUUUAUAUUUGACGAAGUGGAUAAGCUAUCACCUGACCUUAUUAACAUAUUAAAACCAUAUCUGGACCACCACGAGCACAUUGACAACAUCGAUUAUAGAAAAGCCAUAUUCAUUUUCUUGAGCAACACAGCUGGUCAACUGUUAACCAAACAAAUGAUUGACUUCUGGCAUGACGGCAAGAAGCGUGAUGAAAUUGAUUUAAAGGAUUUGGAAAAUGUACUAGCAACAUCUGCUAGUAAUUAUGAGGGAAGUGGAUAUUACAAAAGUGAUCUAAUAUUCCAUGACCUUAUCACAGCAUACAUCCCAUUUCUACCUAUUGAAAAAGAGCAUGUGUUUGGCUGCAUUAAACAUCACCUACUAGCGAAAAGGUAUUAUAAACAUUACAUAGACAUUCCGAUUAAAACAAUUGAAGAAAUUGCUCAGCAACUCCAGUUUUAUCCAAAUGAAACAGACAAAUUGUUUUCAGCGACAGGUUGCAAGAGGGUAGAAGAGAAAGUUGAUUAUGUAAUGGGAGGUACAAGUUGAUGUAUUGAAGAUGAAAAAAAUGAUACAUCAAGAAUUUUCCAUGUUUUUCCUUUCGUUAUAGACUACUACUAACUCGAAGAUUUUGCCUAACUUUAGAAAAACUUUAAAGUGAGAAGUAUAUUAUCUAUUUCUAAUCUGUACAGAUUCCCUUGGAUGUGUGAAUAAAGAGUGUUGCCUGCAUAACAGGAGAGGUUCUCUCUGUGUUUAGAAUGAAUAAAAACUGUUGUGAAACAACA